CAUUUCCAAGCAAAAUACAUUUUAGAGCAUUCUUAUCCUCUCAAUUUGAAAUGUCUAUUACCAACACUUCUCUCACUAUGACCAACUGGUUUUCUGGAAUGACAAAAACAGUAACAAGGUGUAAGCAACUUUUCUCUCUGUUUGCCGUUAUUGGCGGUUCUGUAGCUGAGCUAUUCAUGAAAGCUAUGGAUAGAGUUCUUUUUGCUGCAUUCACUUGCAUUCUGGCACUAGGAGGGUCAAUAGUAGGAUCAAUUGCAGGAGGCAUCAAAGGGCAGACCACAGAAGCUGGUUUUCUUGAUGGAGCUGGCAAAGGAGCAAUAACAGGAGCCAUUGCAUCCUUGGAAUUGAUCAAUUUUGCUUCUCUUGAUGAGCCAUUGUCCAAGGUUGCCCUGUUGAGAAGUUUACUAAAUGGGAAAGUCUUUAUGGAAUGGAUAUGUCCAGCUGUUGCACAACUCUACCAGUUGCAUGCAACUAUUAGCACGCUGGAAACAAUUUUCGAAGAAGUAUCAGAUAUUUAUGAUAUCAGGGGACUCAGAGGGAUACCCCAGAAUGUAAUUAUGAAGCUUCCUUUUCAGCCAUUCAACUCUAACAAAAUGUUGAAAUCAUACAAUACGUCUUGCUGCUCAAUUUGCUACCAGGAUUUUGAGGAUGGAGAAUUGGUGAGGAUACUUCCAAAAUGUAGCCACCAUUUUCAUUUAGAAUGCAUAGACAAGUGGCUUGUCCAACAAGGAUCAUGCCCAAUGUGCAGAACUUAUGUUCCAGACCACAUUCGUAAUUAAUGGUUUUUUUUUUGUUGUAAAGUAGGUUGAGCAUGUUGAUGACAAAAGAGAAAGUAGGUUGAGCUUCUGUCAUGUAUUAAAUUUGUAUAUAAUCUAUUCGAGUUAGUGUCAAAUUAGCGCA